AUGCAGCGCGAGCUCUUCCCCCCGAUGCCUACUCAGUGGAACGAGAACCACGGUGUUAUGAUCAUGGAAGAUGAUAUCUUUCUCAAUGCAUGGAUCGAUCCGGACGUCAUCAACAUCUCCAAGGACAUCUCGGCCAAGGUUUACCUACAAACAACCCGCGGAACAGGCUUCCAGGGCUCCUACCUACUUCGUUUACCCCCCGGGUACGAGGCGGGCGAGGAAAGCUACCCGGUCCUAUACUGGCUUCAUAGCGGUCUCCAGACCUCUCGCUCGUGCCAUUGGGCGCUCCAAUUCCACGGGCAAAAGAUAGAGGAGGGUCUGAUGCCGAAAUGCAUCAUUGUUGCCCCCCCAGGUACGGAAACAAAAGCAGGAGUGUUUUCCAUCUCCAAUUUGACGCUGAGGGGAAAGGGGGGUGUUCAGGUCCUUCCUCAGGGACGGUAUAUCGAUAACUACGAUGGUACUCGCCCCCUGGCCACGAUUAUCAAGAAUGACCUCGUCAAUGCGAUCAUUACGCGCUUCCGGACCAUUCGACACAAGUCUGCGCGGUGGUUUGAAGGAUCCUCAAUGGAAGGGUGGAUUACGGAACCCUCCAUUGUCGCCUUGAACAACCCUGAUAUCCUCUGCGCCGCCUCGGCCAUUGCCCCCGCCGUCCUCUGGAAGAUGGAGGACGAGGCAGGCGACAUGCCCACCCGCAUUCCGUCGGGGGAGAAGGGCUUCCGCCUGGUCGAGGCGAUGCCCCGCAUGAUCAACCGCAUGCGCGACCUCAAGUAUAACUUCCAGACUAAGGAAGCGCCGGGAGUCGGUCACUAUUACCAGAGAAUCUUGGCCGAAGUGGAGGAUUCCGUAUGGGCCUGGUGGAUGGAUGAGGUGGCACCGCAGGUCGUCAAGCCUGAAGUCCUGUAA